CUUUUUUGGACAGUGUUGCAUUAUGGGAAACAAAAUGUCUCACUGCUGUGCUAGCUAUCUAGUCGCUAAGAGAUAAUUGUGAUAUUUUUUAUACAUCGUCUCAGUUUUUGUAGUGUUAGCUCCAGCUCACGUUGCAUAAUUUUCAGCCGCUGCCACGUCAAUGGAAAUGGAAUCCAAAGUUCAAUGUGAACCCAGCUCCACAACAGAUGAGAGGAGGAGAUCACGGAGCAGAGGAAGAGAAAAAAAGAAGCGAAAACGCAGCCGCAGUAGAUCUUCCUCGUCCUCGUCUUCAAGUUCAUCGUCCUCGUCUUCGUCCUCGUCGUCUUCAUCCUCGUCUUCCUCACACUCGUCACAUUCAUCCAGUAGUAGUCGGAGUAGCUCUAGCAGCAGCGAUUCCCGCAGUAAAUCCAGAAAGCAAUCUAAGAAAAGAAAAAAAGAGAAGCAACAUAAAAAGAAAGGGAAGAAGGAGAAGAAGCAUAAACGUAAAAAGGACAAGAAAGUGAAAGGAAAAGCAGAAAGUUCUGGACCAGUUCAGAUCUCAAAGUACUUAAAGGAGAGAAAGAAAGGUGGAAAGUACAGCAUGAUCUCAGGGAAGAAGAUAAAGAUGAAAGUGAAGAAGUCAAAGAAAGACAAACAGCGGGACAAAAACCGUGCAGAGCUCCUUGAGUUCCUCAACUCCACCCUGUGACCUUGUGGUCAACCAGAAGUUGGUCUCUCCGGUUUGGACAUGCCAGUUUUUCCUCAGGAGAACUCAGGAAACAACAUGCCCGUCCAGGACAGCUUGCCAGGAAACAGAUAAACAAGGAUUUUCUCAGCAAGAGAGGAGGAAUAUGACUUACAUUGUCAGGAACGGGCAGCAAAAGCCAACUGGAUCUGAAGGAUUUCUAUCUCUUGCAGUAAAGUCUGCUGUCACCUUGUGUUCAGACUGCUAGCAACCGUAUCGUCUCACUGCAGCCAAGCCCAGCUUUGUCUGCCAGCUGGUGAACCAGUCGUGUUUCAGUGACAGGCGGAACAUUUAUGAUAGGCAGUAUCACCUAAAAUUUUUUAGCUGCGGUCCAAUUCACCGCACAGAGAGGAGAUGGAGCUGAAAAUGGUCAACUCUGGCGAACCUCUGUUAAGUCGUUUGAAAGUGGAUGAACGUCCAGCUGCUGGUUUGUUGCUCGCGGUUUGAACAUAUGGCCAAUUCUGUGGUUGAUAGUUCUCUCACAUUUUGUGCAAGUUUUAGAUUAAUUUAAUUUGCUAGCUGUAUUAUAUAUCUGUCUAGACUGCCCCAACACUUGUUUUUUUGUUUUUUUUGUCUGUUUUUUGUUUUGUUUUGCCAUAUGCUUAAUGAAUACCAUAUGGAAGUGACCGUUAUGUUCAUUUUUUGUCUACAGUUGAAUUUGGCUGCAGACAUGACAGUUCCUCAAGUAUCCUUCCUUAAAUAUUGAUAAGGCAGUUUGAAAAGCCAUUGCUCAAAAUGAUGCAUUGUAUCUGAUCAUUACAAUCCACCUUAUGUUCUACUUAUUUACACAUUGUGUAAGUGACUAUAAUGUUCACUCCCCCCAAUCUUUCAAAUAUGUAACGAUAAAUGUAUCAACAGCAACUAUUUUAAUUAUGUUCAAAUACAAAAUGCAAACACUGCUCGUCCUGAAAUAUCAAACCAGUUGACGGCUUUAUUUGUAUGGUGGGGUAACCUGUUGUAUAUUGCUGAUUUUUGAUAUGUGAGAAAGAAAUGAACAGAAUAAACUCCUGGAAAGGUUCAAUAAUA